AAUAUUACUUAAUUCAGUAUUUUUUAAACCGAUCCAUUAUCAACUUCAUUCAUUGCAGACUUUAUAAGCUGGCAGACAUUUACUUGCAAAUUUUAAACGUUCAAAUUGGUACAAAUGGUUACAUUAUAGAUUCAAAAUGGUAACACCAUAUGUUACAUAUCCUCAAACUACUUUUUCAAUACAUUGAAAACGCACAGCGAUCCUCAGUUGCGAUGUUUCCUUGCAAGUGUUAAUACUUGUUUUUCAAUUUGAAAGCAACACUUCCCAAACUGAUUUUUCAUUUCUUGAAAUUUUCAAGUAGAAAUGACCACAACUGAAAACUCCGCUGAAGUUAAGCGCACGGGAACAACUUCGACGAAGAAACAGACCAAGUUGAACUUGGAUGACAUUUUCUCUCAUUCUGAGGAGGAAAUAAUCGACCAGCUGCAGACAUUCUCUAAGGAGUUUCGAGAGGAGUUCUGUAAAAUUUUGGCUCAGACCAAUGCUGAUAAAAAGAUCAUCAGUCAUAAGGCGGAGUUGGUGUCGAAGUCGUAUGUGUCCUGUGUGUUAGACUACAGAAGCAGUGUGAUCAGACAUGCCAUAUUCGCCAUGGAUGUGUUCACACAGGUGCCCAGGGACAUUGUGAACAAGGAGAGAAUUCAGUCCGAGAUCACCCGCAUCAAAGACGACUGGAUGAAAUUCAAGAAGUUCUACGAGGUGAUCAAGCCACUUGCAGCCAACGAUAAUAAAGAUAUUGCCAGUCUAGGCUAUAGCAGCUCUAUCAGCGCUACUCUUUUCAUGUGGAAACUUUUUGGCUACACGGCAGCUCUUUUCACUACAUGGUUGACAUGUCACACAACACUUCUGUGCAACUCCAUCGCCAAGAGUUCCGAUUUUGGAAAUCCAACAAUGCGAAAACGCCUUGAAAAAUUCUAUCUUUCAACUGACCCGAACAAAAUGAUAGUCGCGAUUGGCGAUAAAACUCAGAAAUUCUUGUGGUGGAACAAAGAUGCUAAAUGCAUGUACAAACGAAGCAUCGAGUUGCUUGGAAAAAUGCCGCGACAAAAUUUGAGACUACUGCUCAUUUUCAACUUUAUUCUUUGCGUUUUCUUAUUUCUGUGGAAUAUGUUCUGAUAAAUAAAUUUAGAUCAAUUUUGCAUACGGAUGCAUAUAAAUGAAUGGAUUAGCUGGUAAAUAUCGAGGUGAUGGAAAAUAUUUUUUGACAAAGAGCAAAUUUAUAAUUUUAAUUUAUUCAAAUUA